UAAAAGCCCUACUCUCUGCACACUGAAGCAAGUGCUGAGUGGUGAUGAGAGUUGAGUUGACAUCGGCGAGCAAUAACAAGAAGAAUGAUGAUGCUAAUCCGAUCAAAAUGCAAACUUGUGAAAAUGUGUGGUGUUUGCGUUUGUGGGUCUCUCGAAAUGUGCAUGUACUCGACGGAAAGCGUGGUGGCGAGUCUCGAAAAUCGCGUGUUUAAGGUUGGGGAUCCAGUGAUUCCAGUGAGUCCUAUUCUGAAGCAGUGGGUGGAAGAAGGCAGAGAAGUCACCAAACUUCAGCUCGAAAAUCUCGUUUACCGCCUCACUCAAUCUCGUCGCUUCACACAUGCCCUUCAGGUGUUGGAGUGGAUGAGCAAUGAAAGGAACUAUGAGUUGUCUCCGGGAAACAUUGCUAAACAGAUCAACCUGAUAUCAAAAGUCCGUGGCCUUGAACAGGCAGAGAAAUAUUUUAGAGGCAUCCCUGAUGCUAAAAUUGAGUUCAAGAUCUAUGCUGCUCUUUUGAGAUGCUAUGCGGAACAUAAAUCUGUGGAGGAAGCGGAGGCUGUCUUGAAAAAAAUUAAAGAGUUGCAUCCUGUGAAUAUAACUGCAUGUUGUAAUAUGAUGUUGGAACUCUAUGCUAAGAAGGGUAAGUACGAGAAACUGGAUAGGUUGAUGCAAGAAAUGAAAGAGAAAGAUAUAUGCAAUGCUGGUACAUAUACGAUUCGGUUAAAUGCAUAUGUGAUCGCCACAGACAUAAAGGGGAUGGAGAAGUUACUUAUGCAAAUGGAAGUUGAUCCCAUGGCAACUGUGGACUGGUAUACAUACAUGACUGCGGCAAAUGGUUAUCGGAAAGUUCACAAUUUUGAGAAGGUUGCAGCAAUGUUAAAGAAAUCGGAGCAUGUAGCCAGAGGCAAGACUAAGAGGCUUGCUUAUGAAUCUAUUCAAACUAUGUAUGCCAUUAUUGGGAAUAAGGAUGAGGUUCAUCGACUUUGGAAUAUGUGCACUAGUCCUAAGAAACCCAACAAAAGUUACAUACGUAUGUUAAGCUCGUUAGUGAAGCUGGAUGACAUCGAUGGGGCAGAGAAAAUUUUGGAAGAAUGGGAAUCUGUACAUGAAAAUUUUGAUGUCAGAAUUCCAAAUUUGAUGAUCAGUGCUUAUUGUAAAUGGGGACAGUUUGAUAAGGCUGAGGCUUAUAUCAGGAGGCUUUUGGAUGGUGGCAAGCAUUUAGAUGGAAGAACAUGGGACCGAUUGGCGUGUGGCUAUAAUGCAGGUAAUGAUAUGGAGAAUGCAGUUCAGGCAAUGAAGAAAGCAGUCUCGACAAAUCUAGCAGGAAGGAGGCCAGACCCCUUUACUCUGGUUGCAUGUGUUAAAUACCUGAAAGAAAAAGGAGACUUGGAUUUAGCCCUUGAGAUUCUUAAGUUAUGCAUAGAGAACAGCCAUAUCUCAGUCACUUCCUAUGAUGGACUGGUAAGUUAUGUUCGUAGUGAAACUGAAACCCCGGAUACAGAACCCCUUGAUCUUAUCAAAGGAGAUUAUCAAAUGUUUGAGAAUGAAAACACUCAACUUCUUGGUGGGGAGAACUGAUGGUAGCAUCUAAUAGGUGGGCAAAGCUGCAUUAUUUGUUACGGAUUUGUUAAAUUGUUCCCAGGAAAAUAAAUUAUCUAGCACUAGCCAUAGCUGAUAGCUCUGAUUUCUUUUCCUUUAAGUGUUUUUAGAGGCUCAAAUGCUACUUUCAUCAUUAUGUUCCAGUGAUUGAAUUAACAUCCUAACACUCAUUAUUUGCAUUUAACCAAUUUAAUUGUGGCUCAAUAGGAGGAUUAUAAUUGUUAGCUUGUAGUUUGUGGCCAUUAUUCCAUUAAUCUAUGCAAGCUCUCUAUUUCUAGUAA